GCUCGGCACGUAAUUUGAACGUGUUUGGUGUUUCCGGCGCGCAAGGGCAAUUUGCAUGUAUUCGCAUUUAUUCAAUUACAAAAUAAUUCAAACAGAGUGUAGUGAAUAGGGCGAUGGGCGUAUGUGGCUGGACAUUCGAAUGAGUUAGGAGAAACUAUUAAACUGGUUACAAAAAGUUGUAAACUGUUUUCAAAACAAAAGUUGUGUACUAGUUUAGUGAAUUGUUUUCAUUAUGAUGAAGGAACUAAAUAAAGAGGAAGGGUCAGACGAUGAAUCCGGACUUGGAUAUCAGAACACUUUGAUGUAUGGUCGCUAUCAACGCGACCUAAGUGAAGCGGCAAGAGAAGAAGCAAGACGACUGAGGAGAUUACGAAAGAAACGAAGAAAAGAUGACAAAAUGCGACAGAAGGAGUUGGAGGCCACGGGGAAGCUUAGGCCCAGUGGGAAGGUGGUUAAUUUUAUAAGUUAUUUAUGGAGGCAUUCGUUCGCUAAGCUGGGAGAGGACUGGUUCUUUUUAGCGGCCUUGGGUAUCAUCAUGGGUUGUUUGAACUUCGCAAUUGACCAGGGCAUUGCCGUGUGUAAUAAUGCUCGUACAUGGAUGUACAACGAUGUAGCAACCUCAAUAGCGGGAAAAUACUUCGCCUGGGUCUCGCUUCCGGUCUGUUUGAUACUCUUUGCAGCUGGUUUCGUGCAUAUAGUUGCAGCCCAGAGUAUAGGAUCUGGUAUUCCUGAAAUGAAGACAAUACUCCGAGGAGUGCAUUUGAAGGAGUAUCUCACAUUCAGAGCACUGAUCUCCAAGUGUGUCGGUCUGACUGCUACUCUGGGAAGUGGAUUGCCGUUGGGAAAAGAGGGUCCCUCCGUCCACAUAGCUUCAAUGGUCGCAUCCCUUCUAUCUAAAAUGGUGACAAAAAUCCAGGGAGUUUAUGAGAACGAAUCUCGUACAACUGAUAUGCUAGCCGCCGCCUGCGCAGUUGGUGUAGCUUCAUGCUUCGCUGCUCCCGUUGGAGGUGUGCUCUUCUCAAUUGAAGUAACAACGACAUAUUUCGCGGUACGAAAUUAUUGGCGAGGUUUUUUUGCCGCUUGCUGUAGUGCUAUUAUGUUCCGUCUGCUAUCCGUAUGGUCAGGCGCAACUGCCACAGUGAAGCCUCUGUUUCCAACAAGCCUGCCUCAAGACUUCCCCUUUGACCCUCAAGAAUUUGCCGUAUUCGUUCUUUUGGGGAUUGUCUGUGGCCUUAUGUCGGCAUUGUGGGUGUGGCUGCAUAGACAAUAUGUACUCUUUAUACGUAACACAAAAUAUCUGAGUUCCUUCUUACAGAAAAACCGUUUCAUCUACCCUGGCUUCAUGACAUUAGCAGUAAUGUCCAUACUGUUCCCGCCGGGGAUAGGAAAAUAUAUGGCCGGGGGACUUGGGACUCCACCACAGGUGUCAGCACUAUUUGCUAACUUCACGUGGUCUGACGAGCUGACAGCAGAACAGGCGGCGAUCGUCUCCAACUGGCAAACACCUGAAGUAGACCACUUCGGCUGUCUCAUCAUUUAUUUCUUUUCUAUUUAUUUCCUGAGUAUGGUGUCAUGUACCUUACCAGUGCCGGCAGGUAUUUUCGUACCAGCAUUCAAAAUGGGGGCGUCUCUUGGUCGCUUUACGGGGGAGGUGAUGCACUACUUCUGUCCUCUGGGUGUCGCUUAUGGUGGUAGAAUACAGAAGAUAUUGCCUGGUGGUUACGCGACGGUCGGCGCUGCGGCUUUUACAGGUGCAGUUACACAUACUGUAUCCACAAUCGUGAUUAUUAUUGAGAUGACCGGACAGAUAACGCAUCUCCUACCAAUAAUGGCGGCAGUCUUAUCAGCUAAUGCGGUGGCUGCGAUGUUACAGCCAUCUUGCUUCGACAGUAUUAUAUUGAUCAAGAAAUUGCCCUACUUGCCCGAUCUGCUCUCAUCUGCCAGCCGUAUGUACGACAUUUGUGUAGAGGACUUCAUGGUUCGUGACGUGGUUUACAUCUGGAAUAGGAUGACAUUCCAGCAACUGAAGGAUGUUCUUAAGAGUAAUAAGACAAUUAAGAGUUUCCCUCUGGUAGACAGUCCAUCAUCGAUGGUACUCCUCGGCUCCAUACAUCGUUGGGAGUUGGUAAAAGUGAUUGAGCAGCAAGUGGGCAGGUCCAGGAGACUGCAGAUAGCCGCCCAAUGGCUAAAAGAAGCUGAAAGGAGAAGGGAAGAGGAGAAGAAAAAAGUUAGACGACCUUCACGAUUUGAGGUUACACCAGCGCCUGAUAUGCUCCAAGUUCCUGGCUCUGGAAUGACCAGAGGAACCUCCCUUACAUCGCAAGACCAGAGCGGUCUUAUACCAGCUCCAGGCCAGCUCUUCCGACCGAAGUCCAUAUUGAAGAAGACAAAUUCGUUUACCCUUACGCGAGGUCUGGCACCCCCCACGCCCCAAUCUACGUUGCCACACCCCUCUGUAUACACUACUGUUACUGGCGCUGAAACCAGAAUACGUGCAGCAUUCGAAGCCAUCUUCAAGAGAUCCACUCUUUUACCAGAUGUGGAAGGUGGAUUGUCAGACCAAAUGGGAAGUUUGCAACGCAGUCCCUCUAUUAACAAGAAAGUUCAGUUGCCUAGAGAACGUGUGUGCGACAUGUCGCCCGAAGACCAGAAGGCUUGGGAGCAACUGGAGAUGGCCAGAGAGAUCGAUUUUGAUAAAAUGUUGCAGAUUGCUCGUAAACGGGAUAUGAACCCCGAUGACACAGACUAUGAAGACGAAACGCUUUAUCUAUGCCAUAUUGACCCUGCGCCAUUCCAGCUCGUUGAACGGACAUCCUUACUCAAAGUACAUUCAUUAUUCUCUACGCUGGGCGUAAGCAGAGCUUAUGUGACGGCCAUUGGACGACUUAUAGGAGUUGUGUCGCUUAAAGAGCUACGCAAAGCAAUAGAAGACGUCAACUCUGGCGCGUUAACACCGGCCAAUCGGCCAUCACCGCCUACCAGUCCAUCACCGGUGAUGAUCAAAGUGCAGUCACUGGAACCAGCACCGCCAAGUGAUAGUGACACAGCGAGACUCACGAAAUCAUGAAAAUAAUUUAUUAAAUGGACAAAGUGUCGCAAAUUCAUACAAACAGUAUUAUUGAUAGUCUUUUUCUAAUACGGUGCUUUCAUUAGAUAUUUAUUAAAUAUUCAACCGUUCGAUUAGUUUUACAUAGGUAGGUAUUAGGUAUUUGUGUCGAACGGUAUAUUGGCAGCAUUUAAAAUAUAAAAUUCAGUUAAUAAAUGGUUGUGCAAAUUAUUCUUGCAUUUGCAUAAACAAGCCGUUACAUAUACAGUGGUACCUCGAAAUACAAGUUUAAUUCGUUCCGUAACUUUGAUCGUAUGUCAUAUUGCUUGUAUCUCAAAGAAAUGUUACCCAUUGGAAUUAAUUGAAAUGCCAAUACGUACCAGCAUCCAAAAUACCACCGUAGUUGAUUUAGUAAAGUGUUUUUGAAUAUGAAAAUGAUUUUACGCUUUAAAAUAGUAACAUAAUCUUCAAGUAUUAAUGAGCAGAUUUAAUGCAAUUUAUAUAGCAAAGCUCUGAAAAAUAAUAGUACAUAAACGUAUUAAUUUUUUAUAGGAAUCCUCGAAAAUGCAUUUCGUUUUCAAGCAUAGACAAUGUGUGGGUAAUGUGGGAAAAAAAGUAAAUAAUUACUGUUGACGUAAUCACCAAAUAAGAAAAUCAAAUAUGCGUGUCUUUUUGGGCUUUAAUGGGCGUUCCGUAGGGUCAUAAAAAAUAAAAAAAUAUGUUAGGGCCGGAUUAUCAAGGUACCACUGUAAUAUGGAAGCAUUAUUUAUAUUUUUUAACAUUCUUAAAAUGUUAGUAUAGGUAGAGCUAAAUCCAAUAUUUAAACGGCUUGUAGUAUAAACAUUUCCAAGGCUUGUGAUCAUAAUAAUCAUUCCAAAACAUUUAGUCGAUAAGUAAACAAUGCAAUGAGUCAAUUUUAGGUAGAUCUUAUACAAAUUGUGUGUUAACUGUGUAUGCUUAAGCAUAUAAAAACUAUUCGAAUGGCACAAUUCAAAUAGUUUUUAUAUGCUUAAAUAAAAACUAUUUGAAUUGUGCCAUUCCUUCGCGAUACGAACUAUUUUACGAUUAUAGUGAAAUGUAUAGACUAUAUAGGUAUAUAUGGUGCUAAUUUUGUUGUUUAAUAUUUGCUUCUUUUGUUGUAAACAUUUUUGUUACCAAGGUACUACAGUACAUGGAAAAAUUCGUAUGGCACUUUUAUACAAAUUAAAAAACUGUGUCAUUUUAUGUAAACAGUUUUAUUCCAAUAUAGCAUUGUAACCGUAAAAUAACCCGAAAAUCAUAUUAUAUGCAUAUAAUUUUUUGGUUAUUUAAUUAUUUAUGUAUAUUUUGUAUAUUUACAAAAAAUACAUACACUAUCCUUACUGUACUAAACCAAUAAUGUACAAAAUUAAAUAUAAUAAAAUAUACACAAUAUCGCUACUGUGAACUCACUCUGCAAAAAAAGAUGUCGAUAGUGUCGGCAGCAUUCAGUAUGCGCAACGCCUUUGUAAUAUGUGCAACAGACUGGUCCUGACCCUUGGUACAGAUACCGGCAAACAUCUUGAACAUAAAACAAGGGAGUGGGGAAAGUUUGCGCAGCGCGGAACACAAGCGUCAACUGAUUUACCAAUCACGUGAGCCGCGCACCACCGCCCUCUCUCCCAGUGAUACCUAAAAUCGCUUCUGCGCAGGCAAGGACAUUUGUUCAAGAUGUUUGCCGGUAUCUGUAUUAUAGUAUAUAGAUCUUAUAUUUUAAAAUAAGGCUGCUAAAUUUGAGAUUUUUAGGUAAGAAUGUUAGUGUUUUCGGAUUAGCACCAAGAGACGUAUAUGUAUAUAUUUGCUUAUAUUGGCUUAUUGCCAUUUCUUUACGCUUUACAUUAUUUGGCUGGCGAAAUAUUUAUUA